AACGCGGGUGGCUGUAUCACGCACAAAUGUUCUUUUGUUGUCGAGUAUCAAGGACACAGAGAACAAGUCAUCGCCGAAGCUACCCAACUAGGAAAGAUUAAUUUAAUCUUGGGCUGGACCUGGCUAUUUAAACACAAUCCUGAGAUCGACUGGCAGACAGGGGUUGUCACAUUGUCA